AUGUCAUCAUCCGAAUGGCUAUCCGAGCGCGUCUUGCCUGACGGCUCCGUUGAACCAGUGGGGCUCGGUGUCCAGUGUAACUUCAACGGUGAGCUCAUUUGCAGGCCGAAAUGCAUCGCCUCCCCUAUACGACGCGAAAGGGCAGUGGAGGCAGCAAUCACAGCAAGAAAAUCAUGUCGCGCACUGACCAACAAGAUUCACGCUUCAUUACCCCUGGAGCUCCGCAACACGGUAUAUGCGUAUAUCGUCGGGCCGAACGCUCAACCCUGUGAGCUGACGGGCAAGCGUCAUGUAUACGGCAGCAAAGUACGCAUCGGAAAAUAUGACUCAGAGGACUGGUCGAAAUGGGACGAAAAACUACAUGUGCAGCCCAAAUCCUGGGCCAUGGACCCGGCAUACUUUGGAGUGCAGGUCGCGCAAGAACUCGCCGAAGCUUACUAUUCAACGAACACUUUCUACAUCACGUCGGAUGAGGAGAUGAUCAAGCUGUUCAAAGCCGACCCUUUCCAGAUGGGUACAAAGCCAUAUGAGUUAAUCCGCAAGUUCACGCUUGCACUUAACUUCUACGAGACGAACCUAGAGAGCGGAGAUGAACUAAUGGCUAUGUACAAUAACCUCCAGUCGCUCCAGCUAUUACCUACAAAGCGAAACCACGAGAUCUGCAUUCGUCUUGAAACAUCUUUCCACGCGUGGGGAAACAAGCCAUAUCCUUAUUCAAUGGAGGACAGGCGAGUCAUGCUCAACAUCCUCGAGGUGCUACGACAACCCGUGUACGACCUCAUACAUAGAGGCAAAGCGAUUCGAAUCUUCCAAGCAAAUCUCGACCACAUGAAGGACCCGAGUUGGAGGCAGGUCAGUGAUGUCUCUGUAAGAUACCUGAUCAAUCCCAAGAGAGGACGGGGAAGGUGGUGGCCUAGGGGUCAACUAUUCGGUAUGACGGAGGAGGAGUGGCGCAAGGAGAAAGAAGAAGCCAGUAACGCAGAUCCAACACAGCAUUUCAUCUUUCGUCCGCGUGCUGCGGAGGACGAGCAAGAAGUAGACAACGCAGACAACGCAGAAGACGACGAAAAUGACGAGGUUAUCGAAGAAGCCCUCAUGCCAUACUUUCUCGGUUACGAAUUCAAGCGACACCCCACACUCGACGACGAAACCACGGUCAAAGUGCGCGAAGCCUUCAGAACGCGGUGGAACGACCAAGAUGCUCUGACCGGAUUUGUUUACAGCAUGGACCAUAAGCACAACAGAGACUUUGAAGGGCCGUAUGGAUGGGAGAACAGAUUUUGCAAUCGACGACGAGCCCCCUAG